AUGUGUGACACUCAGAAUCUCCAGCCAGUUGAAGUAGUGGACCCUGAGGUGGAUGAGGGGUCUGGCAUCCCCCCAGCGGAGAAGGUGGAUCCAGGGGAGGAAGUGUCCAAUCCUCCCACAGAGGAAAGCCUUGACUCUGGGGAGACGAUGCAGGACAGCCCUGAGGAAGCAAAGAGGGAACCAGAGAACAAGGCCGAGGGAGAGCUAAGCCAGACAACUGCACCCGACCAUUCAAAUGAGUUAAAACCUCCACUUGUUUCAGGGAAACGGACGAUGGUACUCUCCAACGAAGCCAGGAAAGAGAUGGCCAAGCAGGCCAGGGCUGCCAAGGAUGAGCGUCGGGCCAUGCUAGACGCCCGCCACAAGUACCUCAUAGCCAAGCUUGUGGACAGUGUGAGCCUGGGGGAGACUGAGGUGGAGGAGGCCUUUAUAUCGGAUGACAAGUUCAAUUUGAUAGAGGAGUUUUUUGCGCCUAAUGGAUCAAAGAGGUUGAUAUUCUUCUAUCAAGAUUCUACCCCCGGGCAGAAAAAGCUCUUUGUCACCACUGGAACUUCAGAGGCCUUACUUGAAAAGUGUUUGUUUUUCUUGAGAACGACAGACAAGGCCAUAACGACCGCCAAUGUUUCUCAGGAAGUGAAUUUCGGAAUGCUAGACUGCACUAAUGGGAGCAUUUUGUACAGUAUGGAGAAACUGUUCUCACAAAUUAUGCUGCCUGCACUCAAGUCUCAAGAGAAUUGGGGCUCCAUGAAGGAUGGACUUCAGAAUGUUCAGAUUCAGGACUUCCUGAGUUCAGUGGACAAGUUCAUUAGCAACCUCUCCUCCGCCAGACUGAAUAUGGAGGGAAGGUUCCAACUCCACAGAGUGGACACUGGACAGAGCCUAAGCAGCCUGCUAGGCCCAGCAGACUACACAGCUGCAGCCAAUAACUCUGAACUGGUGGAGGAGCUGGAGGGAGUUCUCCUUCACUGGGCCCACCAGAUCGAACAGGUGCUGACAGAGGGCGAGCAAAUGAGGAAGGAGGCCGAUGACAUAGGGCCCUCUGCUGAACUGGAGCAUUGGAAAAGCCGCAUGACCACUUUUAACAGCCUAAUGGAUGAGAUCAAACGACCUCAUGUGAAGAAAAUUAUUGGAGUGCUGCAGGUGGCCAAGUCAAAGACACUAAGGACUUGGAGAGAGCUGGAUGGAAACAUCACUGUUGUGGCAAAUGAAGCAAAAGACAAUGUGAAAUACCUCUACACAUUGGAGAAGUUCUUUGGUCCACUUGGAAAGUGCACUCCGACGACCAUGUUGGAACACAUCCCCAGCCUGAUGAACAGCAUCCGUAUGAUCCACAGCAUCUCCCAGUACUACAACACCUCAGAGAGAAUGACCUCUCUCUUUGUCAAGGUCACCAACCAGAUGAUUACAACCUGCAAGGCCUACCUAUGCCAGGAUGUGGCCAAGGUCUGGGAUCAUGACAGAAACGAGAUGUUGAGGAGGAUCAGAGAAUGCACACAGCUCAACCAGGAGUAUCAGCUGUGCUUCCAGAGGGUGCGAGAGAAGCUUCGGGACAACCCCAACGACAAGCAGUUUGAGUUCAGUGAGAAUUACAUCUUCGGCAAAUUCGACACAUUCUGCAAGCGACUGGAGAAGAUUGCAGACAUGGCCUCCAUUUUGGAGGACCUCGCAUCUCUGCAACACAUGAAAGUGGAGGGGAUCGAAAAGAUCUUUGUUCGCUAUCAGACCAUUGUGACCACCGCCAAGUCCAAGACCUACAAUGUGCUUGACCACCGCAAGUUGGAGUUUGACAGUGACUACACAGAGUUCAAGAUCCAGAUCCAAGGACUCUUCCAGUCUCUCCAGUCAUUGCUAGUGACCUGGUUUGAGCAGUCACUAACCACUGAGCGAAUGCUUGAACUCCUCUCUAAGUUUGAGAAUGGCGUCGGUAAGCAGCUGGACCUCACAGACAAAUACAUGGCAGUACUGCAGCGCUAUAGCCGAGACCUGGAGCUUGUCAGGAAGCUCUAUCAAAAGCAGAAGGACAACCCUCCCAUUCCGCGAAACAUGCCUCCUGUUGCAGGGAAGAUUAUGUGGUCGCGGCAACUAUUCCGAAAGAUUGAGUUACCUAUGUCUAUCCUGAAAAACAAAAUGGACAUUCUAAAGACCCCUGAGAUGAGGAAGGUGAUCAGAAGCUAUAACAAGAUGGCCGCCGUUCUCCUUGAGUUCGAGCUCCUGUACCACAGAGGCUGGAGCCAAGCCGUGGAGAUGGGCCGUCACGGCCUGAAUGCAUCGCUGCUCGUCAGAGACCCAGAAACAAAGAAGAUAUAUGUUAAUCUUGACUCCUUGGUCCUGGAGGUUCUGCAUGAGGCUAAGUGCAUGCAUAAGCUUGGCGUAACGGUCCCAACGGUGAUCCUGAAUAUGUGUGCCAAAGAAGUCGAGCUGAAGGCCCAGCAAAACAGGCUACAGGAAAUGCUGCAGGACUUUGAAGCAGUCUUAUCCAGGAUCCCUCCCAUCCUCCUCCCCCUGAUGCAGCCCUUCAUCAGACAUGUGGAGAACUCUCUCUCCCCAGGGCUCACUACUCUCUCCUGGACAUCACUCAACACUGACAGAUUCAUAGAGAAUGUAUAUGGAGUACUGCAAGAACUGGAGCAAGUUGCAAAGGUUGCCAUGGAUACACUGGAGUGUCGCAUCGAGAGAAUCCUACAGGCCAUGUCAUCCACUGCCCUGCUGGUGCUGCCCGAGGAUAUGCCCGUUUCAUCCCAAAACUUUCAUAGCCAAGCUGAGGACACUGGGUCUCUCCAGUGUCUACACCCGGAUGCUAAACAGAAGACACGCUGCCAGUCGUGUCUAGCCUGUUGCUUUUACAACCUGAUGGCUCAGCUGUGCCAGAGGAACACAGAGGCCCUGGUCAAAGCUACAAGGUCAUCCCUUGAUUCUCUGAGGCGAAGGCUUCAUGUGGCGAGUUCCAAGUACCAGUCGUCCUCGUACCUGAGUCGAGCACAGGUCCAGGUUCCUCUCUUCAAGGCCUCUAUUCAGCUGGCCAUUCCCAACAUCGUCCUCAAGCCCAGUCUGGAGGACAUCCAGAGUACUGUCAACAAAGUUGUGAGCAUUGUGCUGUCAAUGGCUACAGACAUCCCACUAUGGACAUUUUCCCAUCUACAUCACAAGCAGCUUCAGGCAGAGCAGGCUGCAGUGAGGGACGCUGGGGACGACGGCCCCCUGACCAAGCAGCUGGUCCUCAAGCCCCUGGACCGGCAGCUGGCCGAGCACAAGGACGUCACCAAGGCCGUCAUCCAGCUGGGUUCCAUCGUGUCCUCCCUCAGGACCGAGGCCGGGGAUGUACUGCAGGAGUUCCAUCAAUUCUCCACCCUGUGGAAUCAGGACCCAGAGGAGGAAGUGAAAACCUUCCUGGAGACCAGUCCAUCCCUCCCAGCGUUCAGCACUCAGAUUUCCUCCUACUCUACAAUGGAAGCUCAGAUUGAAGGCUUGCCAGCCUCCUGCACUGUGGGUUCAGUCCUGUUCCACACAGACCACCUUAAGCUCUCCCUGACCCAGGAGUGCCGUGCCUGGAAACGGGCCUUUGGAGCCGCGCUGAACAGCCAGGCCUCAGCCGACAUGGCCGACAUCUACUCCUUUGUGGACGGCCUGACCAAGAGGCUCCAGAGGCCUGUCGAAGACCUGGAGGACGUUAGGGGAGCCAUGGCCUCUCUCCGAGAGGUCAGAGAGGCAGAGAUCCGGAUAGACGCCACCAUCGGCCCCGUGGAGGAGUCGUUUGCCCUGCUCAACCGCCACGAGUUGAUCUUCAGCGACGGGAACGCAGAGAAGGUGGAUGGGCUGACGUACACCUGGAGGAACCUUAAUGCACUGGUGAUGGAAACCCAAAACACUCUGGUGAAGAUUCAACCUGCCAUGAAGGCAGACCUACUGUCAGGGGUGGAGACCUUCCAGAACUCUGUCCAGACCUACUACUCAGAUUAUGACAAAAGUGGCCCUGGAGUGGAGGGGUUGACCCCAGAUGAAGCCAGCGACAGACUGCAGAGCUUCCAGGCCCAGUUCAAUGAGCUGUGGAGAAAAUAUGUUACCUACUCUGGAGGGGAGGAGCUAUUCGGCCUCUCAGUUAACGAAUAUCCCGAUCUUCAGAGAAUUAAAAGAGAGCUGGGUCUUUUGUCGAAACUUUACACGCUCUACAACUCUGUCACUGAAAGUGUCACUAGUUACUAUGAUAUCCAAUGGGCUGACCUAAACAUAGACAAGAUCAACAAUGAACUGCAGGAUUUCCAGAACAGAAUCCGGAAACUUCCCAAGGCGUUGAAGGAGUGGCAAGCCUUUAGUGACCUGAAGAAGACAAUCGAUGACUUCAACGAGACGUGCCCCCUACUUUACAUGAUGGCUAACAAGGCGAUGAUGUCCAGGCAUUGGAGCCGCAUGAGUGACCUCACAGGUCACAUCUUUGAGGUGGAGUCGGAGAGCUUUGCCCUCAGAAACAUCAUGGAGGCACCACUGCUCAAAUACAAAGAGGAUAUUGAGGAUGUGUGCAUCAGCGCGGUGAAGGAGAGGGACAUUGAGGCCAAACUGAAAGACGUAGUGGCAGAGUGGAGCAGCCACACGCUCACCUUCGCCCCCUUCAGGAACCGGGGGGAACUGCUACUGAAGGGUACUGACACUGCAGAGAAGGUGGCCCUCAUGGAGGACAGUCUGAUGGUGCUGGCCUCGCUCAUGAGCAACCGGUAUAAUGCCCCAUUCAAGCCUUCCAUCCAGCAGUGGGUGCUGAAGCUGUCUAACACCACUGAGGUCAUAGAGAAAUGGUUGACGGUUCAGAACCUGUGGAUCUACCUGGAGGCCGUAUUUGUCGGAGGGGAUAUCGCUAAGCAGCUGCCCCAGGAAGCCAAGAGGUUCCAGAACAUCGACAAGUCCUGGCAGAAGAUCAUGCAGCGUGCCCACGAGAUGACAGGUGUGGUGCAGUGCUGUGUGGGGGACGAGACCCUCAGCCAGCUGUUGCCCCAUCUUCUGGAGCAGCUGGAGGUGUGUCAGAAGUCUCUGAGCGGCUACCUGGAGAAGAAGAGGCUUGUGUUCCCUCGGUUCUUCUUUGUCUCCGACCCUGCUCUACUGGAGAUCCUGGGACAGGCCUCAGACUCCCACACCAUACAGGCUCAUAUGCUGAGUCUUUUCGACAAUGUGAACUGUGUGGUUUUCCAUGAUAAGAACUAUGACCAGAUCCUAAGCUUCCAGUCCCAGGAGGGAGAGACAGUAGACUUGUCCGAACCUGUUUUGGCUCAGGGAAAUGUGGAAGCCUGGCUGGGGCUUUUGCUGGACAGAGUGAGGAAGACCAUCCAUGGCAUUAUCCGGCAGGCUCACAUGUCCAUCAGUGACGCAGGACUAAAGAUGGUGGAGUUCCAGUCUGUGUUCCCAGCCCAGGUGGGUCUUCUGGGCAUCCAGAUGAUCUGGACCAGGGAUGCAGAGGAAGCCCUGGGGUUCAGCAAGGGAGACAAAAAGAUCAUGCAAACUACCAAUCAAAAGUUUGGGGAUAUCCUGAAUGAGCUGAUUGAUAUGACCACUCGAGAAUUGACCAGGAAUGAACGCACCAAGUAUGAGACUCUGAUCACCAUCCAUGUGCAUCAGAAAGACAUAUUCGACGACCUGGUGCGAAUGAACAUCCGAUCGACAUUAGACUUUGAGUGGCAGAAGCAAUCCCGCUUCUACUUCAUCGAGGACAAGGACAGAUGUAUAAUCCAGAUCACUGACGUGGAGUUUAGCUACUGCAAUGAGUAUCUGGGCUGUACCGACAGACUGGUCAUCACCCCUCUCACUGACAGGUGUUACAUCACCCUGUCCCAGGCCCUGGGUAUGAGUAUGGGCGGAGCCCCGGCAGGGCCGGCUGGUACAGGUAAGACCGAGACCACCAAAGACAUGGGCCGUUGCCUGGGGAAGUACGUUGUCGUCUUCAACUGCUCUGACCAGAUGGACUAUAGAGGGCUAGGACGAAUCUAUAAAGGUUUGGCUCAGUCAGGUGCAUGGGGCUGCUUCGAUGAGUUCAACCGCAUUGAGCUCCCUGUCCUGUCAGUAGCAGCCCAGCAGAUCUAUAUAGUGUUGCAGUGCAAAAAGAACAAGAAGACACAGUUUAUCUUCACGGAUGGGGACUUGGUGGAAAUGGACAGAGAGUUUGGCAUCUUCCUAACCAUGAACCCUGGAUAUGCUGGCCGCCAGGAGCUUCCGGAGAACCUGAAGAUCCAGUUCCGUACGGUGGCCAUGAUGGUUCCAGACAGAGCCAUCAUCAUGAGGGUGAAGCUAGCCAGCGCUGGUUUCCGUGACAACCAAGUCCUCAGCCGCAAGUUCUACACCCUGUACAAGCUGUGUGAAGAGCAGCUCUCCAAGCAGGUCCACUAUGACUUUGGGCUGCGGAACAUCUUGUCAGUGUUGAGGACACUGGGUUCAGUGAAGAGGUCCAACCCCACUGAGCCAGAGAAAACGGUAGUGAUGCGGGUGCUGCGCGACAUGAACCUCUCCAAACUGGUGGAUGAGGACGAGCCUCUGUUCAUGAGUCUGAUCAACGACCUGUUCCCUGGGAUCAUUCUGGACAAAGCAGGCUACCCCGACCUGGAGGCUGCCAUCCACACCCAGACCCAGCAGGCUGGCCUCAUACCUCACCAGCCCUGGGUACUCAAACUGGUGCAGCUCUACGAGACCCAGCGGGUUCGCCACGGUAUGAUGACACUAGGCCCCAGCGGAGCUGGAAAAACCACGUGCAUCCACACACUGAUGAGGGCCAUGUUGGAUUGUGGCACCCCUCACCGAGAGAUGAGGAUGAACCCCAAGGCCAUUACUGCCUCCCAGAUGUUUGGUACCCUGGAUGUAGCCACCAACGACUGGACUGAUGGGGUCUUCUCAACCCUGUGGAGGAAAACACUUAAAGCCAAGAAGGGGGAGCACAUCUGGAUCGUGCUGGACGGCCCUGUGGACGCCAUCUGGAUUGAAAACCUCAACUCAGUCCUGGAUGACAACAAGACCCUGACCCUGGCUAAUGGCGACCGCAUCCCUAUGGCGCCUAACUGUAAGGUGGUGUUUGAGCCCCACAACAUCGACAACGCCUCCCCGGCCACAGUGUCUCGCAACGGCAUGGUGUUCAUGAGCUCCUCUGUGCUGGACUGGAAGCCUAUUCUUCAGGCCUGGCUCCAGAGGGUGCCACCACAGCAAGCAGAGGUGCUCCAGGGCUGCUUCCAUAGUGUUUUCCAGGAUUUGAUCAACUUUGUCUUCACUGCUGUGUCUCCCAAAAUGCCCAUCCUGGAGUGUAUGUACAUCAAGCAGACCAUUGACCUCCUGCAGGGUCUACUUCCUGCAGUGGAGGAAAAGCAGUCUCAGGGGGAUGUAUCACGGCUCUUUGUGUUUGCUGUCAUGUGGUCAGUGGGGGCUCUGCUGGAGCUGGAGGACAGAUCCAAGAUGGAGGCCUUCUUAGAGGCACACCCUGCCACUCUGGACCUGCCCCAGACUCAAGGAGACCAGACCAUCUUUGAGUUCAUGGUCAAUGAACGUGGCCAGUGGGAGCACUGGUCCAAGAAGGUGCCAGAGUACAAGUAUCCCACAGACUCUGUCCCGGACUACUCAUCUAUCCUGGUGCCCAACGUGGACAACGUGAGGACAGACUUCCUGAUGCAGACCAUCAUGAAACAAGGCAAAGCCGUGUUGCUCAUUGGGGAACAGGGGACCGCUAAGACCGUCAUGAUCAAGGGCUAUACCAGUAAGUUUGAUCCUGAAACUCAGCUGAGCAAGAGCUUAAACUUCUCCUCGGCCACCCUGCCCAGUAUGUUCCAGAGGACCAUAGAGAGCUACAUUGACAAGAGGAUGGGCUCCACCUACGGGCCGCCGGCAGGCAAGAAGAUGACUGUGUUUGUGGAUGACAUCAACAUGCCCGUUAUCAACGAGUGGGGUGACCAGAUAACCAAUGAGAUAGUGCGUCAGCUGAUGGAGCAGGGUGGUUUCUACAGCCUGGAGAGACCAGGGGAGUUCACCAGUGUGGUGGAUGUUCAGCUGGUGGCGGCCAUGAUCCACCCCGGAGGCGGGCGCAACGACGUGCCUCAGCGCCUCAAGAGGCAGUUCAGCACCUUCAACUGCACUCUGCCCUCCAACUCCUCCAUCGACAAGAUCUUCCGCACUGUGGCACAGGGCUACUUCUGCCCCGAGAGGGGCUUCCCUGAGGAGGUGUGCACCCUGGCCAGCGCCCUGGUGCCCACCACUAGGAGGGUGUGGCAAGCUGUCAAAGCCAAGAUGCUGCCCUCCCCAGCCAAGUUCCACUACAUCUUCAACCUGCGGGAUCUCAGUCGUAUCUGGCAGGGUAUUCUAACGGUGAGGACCGAGGUGUGCCAGGGGCCAGAGGUGCUGGCGUCACUCUUCCACCACGAGUGUACCCGGGUCAUUGCUGACCGUUUCGUUGACCACAAGGACAGACAGAGCUUUGACAGCAUGCUGGAGAAGGUUACAAUGGAGGAGCAUGGAACAGCCACGAUAGAGCACCCCCAGUGGGAAGCCUACUUUGUGGACUUCCUGAAGGAUGCCCCCGAAACCACAGGGGAGGAGCCGGAGGACAUGGAGCUGGAGGCCCCCAAGGUCUAUGAGCCCAUCCCGUCCUUCCAGGCCCUGUCGGAGCGCCUCGCCACGUUCCAACUGCAGUACAACGAGGCAGUCAGAGGCAGUGCCAUGGACCUGGAUGCCAUGAUCCACCUGAUGAAGAUCAGUCGUAUUGUCCGCACCCCUCAAGGGAACGCCCUCUUGGUGGGGGUGGGUGGCUCGGGGAAGCAGAGCCUCACCCGCCUGGCCUCCUUCAUCGCUGGAUACCAGAGCUUUCAAAUCAUCCUGACCAGGACGUACAACACCAACAACCUCAUGGAGGACCUGAAGUCUUUGUACCGCAUCGCCGGACAACAGGGCAAAGGAGUCACCUUCAUCUUCACCGACAACGAUAUCAAGGAGGAGUCCUUCCUGGAGUACAUGAACAAUGUGCUGGCCUCGGGCGAAGUCUCCAACCUGUUCGCCCGUGACGAAGUCGAUGAAAUCACCCAGGACCUCAUCCCAGCCAUGAAACGCGAGCACCCUCGCCGCCCACCUACCGCCGAAAACCUCUACGACUACUUCCUGUCGCGUGUGAGGAGCAACCUGCACGUGGUGUUGUGCUUCUCGCCGGUGGGGGAGAAGUUCCGAACAAGAGCCCUCAAGUUCCCAGGUCUGAUAUCGGGCUGUACUAUUGACUGGUUCCAGCGUUGGCCACGGGACGCACUAGUGGCAGUCGCACAUCACUUUCUGUCCCAGUAUACGUUCCAAUGCUCUGAGGAAGUUAAGCAGAGUGUAGUCCACACCAUGGGGACCUUUCAGGACCUGGUGGCCGAGAAGUGCACAGAGUACUUUGAACGGUUCCGCCGUCAAACCUAUGUCACUCCCAGGUCCUACCUGUCCUUCAUCGACGGCUAUAAGAUCAUCUACUCAGAGAAGAUCGCUCAAGUGGGCAUGCUUGCUGAGCGCAUGAAAACAGGCCUGGCCAAGCUGAUGGAGGCAGAGCAGUCUGUGAGCCAGCUGUCCAAGGAGCUGGCUGUUAAGGAACAGGAGCUGGAGGUGGCCUCCAAGAAGGCUGACGGCGUCUUGCAGGAGGUAACAGCCAAGGCCCAGGCGGCCGAGAAGGUCAAGAUGCAGGUUCAGAAAGUGAAGGACAAGGCUCAGGCCAUCGUGGACGAGAUUGAAGCCGAUAAGAAAGUGGCCGAGAGGAAGCUAGAGGCAGCCAAGCCUGCAUUAGCAGCCGCAGAGACCGCAUUGCAGACCAUUAAGCCUGCGGACAUCGCCACAGUGAGGAAACUGGGCAAGCCCCCACACCUGAUCAUGCGCAUCAUGGACGCCGUGCUGCUGCUGUUCCAGCGCAGGGUGGACCCUGUCACCCAGGACCCAGAGAGACCCUGCCCCCGGCCCUCGUGGAGCGAGGCCCUCAAACUAAUGCAGCAGUCUGGCUUCGUCAGCAUGCUGGUUAACUUUAGUAAGGAUUCUAUCACUGAGGAGGUAGUGGAGCUGUUGGCACCAUACCUGGACAUGGAGGACUACAACCUGGAGGCAGCCAAGAGGAUCUGUGGUAACGUGGCUGGCCUCUGUUCCUGGACUGAAGCUAUGAAGGACUUCUUUUCCAUUAAUAAAGAGGUCCUCCCUUUGAAGGCCAACCUGACCCUGCAGGAGGCCCGACUUGGUGUGGCCCAGGGGGAGUUGUCCCGGGCUCAGGAGCAGCUAGACGCUAAGCAGCGGGAGCUGGAUGAGGUGCAGGCGCUCUAUGACGCCGCCAUGAGGGAGAAGCAGACCCUAAUGGACGACGCCACAGUCUGCCGACGCAAGAUGGCCAACGCCACCGCACUAAUCGACGGGCUUGGUGGUGAGAAGAUCCGCUGGACUGAGAGCAGCGCCCUGUUCCAGACUCAGAUCAGACAUCUGGUUGGGGAUGUGUUGCUGGCUACUGGCUUCCUGUCCUACGCUGGUCCCUUUAACCAGGAAUACCGCAACCUAUUGCUGCAGCUCUGGAGAAAGGAGAUGGGCAGCCACCACAUCCCCUACAGUGAUGUGAAGGUAGGAGACAAAGAGGUGGAUGUGAUGAAGGAGUUCACCCUCUAUAUCACCACUAAGCUGGCUAACCCGGCCUACACCCCUGAGAUCAGUGCUAAGACUGCUGUGGUGGACUUCACUGUCACUCUCAAAGGCCUGGAGGACCAGCUGCUUGGCCGGGUCAUCCAAAUAGAGAAACAGGAGCUGGAGUCAGAGCGUGUGAAGCUCUUGGAAGAAGUGACUUCCAACAAGAGGAAGAUGCAGGAGCUGGAGGAUAACCUCCUGUACAGACUGACCAGCACUGAGGGCUCUCUGGUGGAGGACGAGUCCCUUAUCGAGGUCCUGAGAGUCACCAAGACCACAGCAGAGGAGGUGAGUGAGAAGCUAAAGGUGGCAGCCGAUACCGAGGUGAAGAUCAAUCUGGCCAGGGAGGAGUACCGUCUGGUGGCCACACGGGGCAGCAUACUCUACUUCCUCAUAGUGGAGAUGAGCCUGGUCAACAUCAUGUACCAGACCUCCCUCCGCCAGUUCCUGGGCAUCUUUGACUCGUCAAUGGAGAAAUCCACCAAGUCCCAGAUCACCUCUAAAAGGAUCCUCAACAUCAUUGAGUUUCUGACCUACCAGGCAUUUCGAUAUACAGCUAGAGGCCUGUAUGAGGAUCACAAGUUCCUCUUCACCCUCCUGCUGGCCCUGAAGGUCGACCUGCAGGCCAGGAACAUCUCCCACAGCGACUUUCAAACCUUCAUCAAAGGAGGUGCAGCUCUGGACCUGAACUCUGUGGAGCCCAAGCCGCGGCGCUGGAUCCUGGACAUAACGUGGCUGAACCUGGUCCAGCUGUCCAGCGUGCACCCCUUCACCCAGCUGUUGACCCAGGUCACCCACAACGACCGCUCCUGGAGGGCCUGGUUCGACGAGCCUGCGCCCGAGGAGGCCCCGGUGCCUGACGGAUACGACAGCAUGCUGGACACAUUCAGGAAGUUAUUGUUGAUCAGGAGCUGGUGCCCCGACCGGACCAUUGCACAGGCACGGCAUUACAUCGCUGAGUCGCUGGGGCCUAAGUACGCCGAGGGGGUCAUUCUGGACAUGGAGUCCAUGUGGGCGGAGAGUGACAAGAGGACUCCCAUGGUGUGCUUCCUGUCUAUGGGCUCCGACCCCACAGAGAACAUAGAGAGGCUUGCAAAAGCAAAGGGAGCACCAUGCAGACCCAUCUCCAUGGGACAGGGCCAGGAAGUGCACGCUCGCAGGUUAUUGGCCAACAGUAUGGCUGACGGAGGUUGGCUCCUCCUCCAGAACUGCCACCUGGGCCUGGACUUCCUGGACGAGCUGCUGGAGUCGGUCACCAACACCGAAAACAUCCACAGCGGUUGUAGGGUGUGGCUGACCACCGAGGUCCACCCCAAGUUCCCCAUCAACUUCCUGCAGUCGUCCAUCAAGUUCACCAAUGAGCCUCCUCAAGGUAUGAAAGCAGGGUUGAAAAGGACCUACAAUGGUGUGACUCAGGAGAUGCUGGAGAUCACUAACCUGCCCCAGUGGAGACCUCUGUUAUACGCUGUGGCCUUCCUCCACACUACUGUUCAGGAGAGGCGUAAGUUUGGCCCCCUGGGCUGGAACAUCCCGUACGAGUUCAACCAGGCAGACUUCACCUCCAGCAUGCAGUUUGUCCAGAACCACCUGGACGAGUUGGACGUGAAGCGUGGCGUCAACUGGAGCUGCCUGCGCUACAUGCUGGGCGAGGUCCAAUAUGGCGGCCGCGUAACAGACGACCUGGACAAACACCUUCUUAACACCUUCACCCGCGUGUGGUUCAGCGAGAGCACAUUCGCCGACAAGUUCUGUUUCUACAAGGGUUAUACUAUACCCAAAGCCAAGAAUGUGCCGGAUUACCUGCUCCACAUUGAGACCCUGCCGCUGGUCGACUCGCCAGAGGUAUUCGGUCUUCAUCCUAAUGCUGAUAUUACGUACCAGACAAACAUGGCCAACGAGAUCCUAAGCACCAUCAUCAAUAUCCAACCCAAGGACAGUGGAGGAGGGGGAGGGGAGACAAGAGAGGCCACUGUCCAGAAACUGGCCAACGAGAUGCUGGACAAGCUGCCACCAGACUACGUUCCACAUGAGGUGAGAGCUCAUCUUCAGAAAAUGGGCCUUUUCCAGCCCAUGAACAUCUUUCUGCGGCAGGAGCUUGACCGCAUGCAGCGAAUCAUAGGCUGUGUACGGAGUACUCUCACCGAUCUGAAACUGGCCAUUGAUGGGACCAUUAUCAUGUCAGAGGAUUUGAGGGAUGCCCUGGACAGCAUGUAUGACGCUCGCAUCCCCAAGCUGUGGCAGAAGAUCAGCUGGGACUCAGCGACGCUGGGCUUCUGGUUCACGGAGCUACUGGAGAGGAACCAGCAGUUUCAUACCUGGAUCUCCAGUGGACGGCCCCACCAGUUCUGGCUCACUGGCUUCUUCAACCCACAGGGCUUUCUGACUGCCAUGAGGCAGGAGACCACGAGGAUGAACCUGGCCAAAGGCUGGGCUCUGGACACUGUCGUCCUGCACAACGAUGUCACCCGGAUGAUGAGGGAGGACGUCACAGCGCCACCGCCAGACGACAUGGGCGGAGUCUACAUCUACGGACUCUUCCUGGACGGGGCAGGGUGGGACAAAAGAAACGCCAAACUCACAGAGUCACCUCCAAAGGUCCUUUUCACAGUCCUCCCUGUGGUCCACGUCUAUGCUAUCAGCACGUUGGCUUCCGAUGCCAAGCGUCAGCAAGGGAUAAGCCUGUACGCCUGUCCCGUGUAUAAGAAACCCAGACGCACAGACCUCACCUUCAUCUUCUCUCUGCUGCUGCGCACUUUCCAGGCCCCUGACCACUGGACACUGAGGGGAGUGGCUCUGCUCUGUGACUGCAAAUGA